UUGUUAUGAGUAUGGCGGCGGAUACUAACGGACGACGGCAAGUUGUUAGAAAUAUUCAGUUCAACUGAAGAAAGCUUUAAUUUAAAAACGUUUUUUUUUUAUCGUGGUCGAGAGUGUUUCGAGUGACAUUUCUAACAUCGACGCAACACAGUUUUAAUUUUCUUUCUUGGGACUCUUCAAACCUGUCUCCGUUUCCCGAGUCUGCUCUGUCAGUCACCGAACUACCUAGUCUUCAAUGAGACCAGUUUAUUGUCUACUUGUUUGUUUUUUUAGUUACUUGUCAAAAAUAACACAAGUUUACCUGAGGUAACACCAUUACACCCGUUCCAGAGCUAGUUGAUCACGACUUUUCACCCGAAGAGGCCCGACUCCUUAUUCCAGCUAAAUGACAAGUUACUCAGCGCGUUAGCUUAACUAGCUAUAGAGCUAACUACUCUUUAUAACAGUGUUAUUGCUCAAGGCCUGUCCAGCUCUACUUACCUCUACAAUAAGUCGUUUUAAGGCGUGUGUCUCUGGACCUGUUUGGAACAUUAUGCUUCACGAUUAGAAGGAUUUGUUGCUGGGACCCUGAAAGUAAAUAUUAGCCUGCUAGUCUUCCUAAAUCGGGAGUGGCUAGAAGUUGCAUUAGCUAGUUAAACAUUUAGCUAGCAAACGACCUCAGAUACUCACUCUUUUAGCACCCGUCCAUAGUGAGUAUGAUAAACAACUUAAUGUUAACUCAGCCUCUAUGGGGGGGGGAAACCACUUAUUGAUGACAUAUUAAACCAAGUUGUCAGCGGGUGUGUUUCAAUGGCCAGCCGUAUCAUCAGCAGGCAGGGAUAGGAAACCGUGCAAUGGUCAGAUUGUGUAAUAUAGCUGUCUGGAUUUAUCCGAUGGGCUAAAGAUUAGCUGCCUGCCGCUAACUUGCGCGGCAUUAAUAACGCUUUCUCUCGCUAUACAUUUUGAUGGACGUGGGAAAAUAUUUUCUACAUUGCUACUGUUGCUAUCGUCAAAUGGUUUUGGCUGUACUGUAUUGUGGCCUGUACGUACUCGUAGUUAGUCAUUCACUGGAGGUAAUGUAGCUCUGUAGAAACAUACCAUAAAUACAUAUUUAUUUUGUAUUUUUUUUACAUGAAUACAGGAGGUUUUACGUGUCUCUUUGAAUCAAAAGAAGAAAACACGUCCAUAUGAAUGGCUAGCUAGCAGUGCCUAACUUAAAAUAGAAGAGCCAGACAGACAGCGAAUAGCCAGGUUACAUGGUUUUUAUUAACACAACAGUCGAGGAUUUAAGACUGAAGUUAGUCAUUCUGGAUCAAGAAACAUUGUCUUUCGUCGCUGAUUGGAGUAACACUCCCAAGCCAUCACCAAUGCCUUCAGCGCUGGCCUUCUUCUCCUGCCGCCCGAAUUCACACCCUUUUCAGGAACGUCAUGUCUACCUGGACGAGCCAGUCAAGAUCGGGCGCUCUGUGGCCCGGUGCCGACCGGCUCAGAACAACGCCACGUUCGACUGCAAGGUUCUGUCACGGAACCAUGCCCUGGUCUGGUUUGAUCACAAGACGGGCAAGUUCUACCUGCAGGACACUAAGAGUAGUAACGGGACGUUCAUCAACAGCCAGCGUCUGAGCCGGGGUUCCGAGGAGAGUCCUCCCUGUGAGGUCCUCUCUGGUGACUUCAUCCAGUUCGGUGUGGACGUCACAGAGAACACCCGUAAAGUCACCCAUGGCUGCGUAGUGUCUACAAUCAAGCUGUUUCUACCGGACGGCGUGGAGGCUCGACGACGGUCAGAUGUCAUCCAAGCACCUUUACCACUUCCUGUUGAUAAGGUUGCAGCCAACACCCCCAUUAUGUACUCUCAGGAACUCUUCCAGCUCUCCCAGUAUCUGCAGGAGGCCCUACACAGGGAGCAGAUGUUGGAACAGAAGUUGGCAACGUUGCAGUGCCUACUGGCCACCACACAGGAGGCUUCAGAGAGCAGCUGGCAGGCUCUGAUAGAUGAGGACCGGCUUCUCUCCAGACUAGGGGUGAUGGGCAACCAGCUGCAGUCCUACUCUAAAAACCAAACAGAGAAUGGUAUGCGUAACGAGCUGGUAACUCUGCAGGAAGACAAGUACAACUAUGAGAUUACUGCCAAAGAGUCCCUGAGGAGGGUCCUGCAGGAGAAGAUAGAGGUGGCCAGGAAGCUGUCAGAGGUUGAGCGAAGCCUCAGUCACACGGAGGAUGAGUGUUCCCACCUGAAGGAGAUGAAUGAGAGGAACCAUGAAGAGCUCAGAGAACUGGCUAAUAAAUACAACGGCGCUGUCAACGAGAUCAAGGACCUCACUGACAAGAUAAAGCUGGCAGAGGGUCGUCAGGAGGAGUUGACUCAGAGGGGUCAGAUGGAGAAGAAGGAACUGCAGCUUUGUAUUGAUGAGAUGGAGGAGAAGGAACAGGCUCUACAGGCCCGCUUUGAGGCCUUACAGGCUGAUAACGACUUCUCUAACGAACGCCUCACUGCCCUGCAAGUUGGUUUAGAACAGCUGCAGGAGAAAAGCAUCAAGGACAACAACAGUUUAGCUGUGAAGCAGUUGAAAGAAGCAGUGGGUUCUUCCUUGCACAGGCUGGCUAACUUUGAUGAGGUGAUAGAUGCCCACCUGCAGAACAGCCAGACAGCAGCAGGAGACCACCUUGCCAAUCCUGACCAACUCAAAGAAAACCAACUGGAUGCUAAAGACACUGAAAUGUCAGAUACUCUGAGCCCCAGCCAGAACCGCAGCAGUGACGACACGUCAGAUGGAAACAUGGAUGAUCGUGAACUGAACGAGCCACAGAACAGGGUCGCCCUGCUCAAAGAUGAGCUGCGGAUGGCCAACCUGGAGCCCGGGGACAGAGAGCAGGUGAUUUACCACCUCCACAGAGAGCUGCUGGAGGCCCAGGAGUUGGCCAACACAGGCAAGCAGAAGUGUCUGCAGCUCCAGGCCUUACUGGAAGAGGAGAGGAGGAGUAACAGGCAGCAGACUGAGGAGUCAGCCAAGCAGAUCCAGUACCUACAGAGUCAGUUGGGGGAGCUAGCGGUAGACAUGGAGGAGCUGAAGGAGCAGAGAGAGAGCAGCAUCAGCAGCACACAGGAGGAGCUGUACUCUGCUCAGGAGGAGGUGCUAGUUCUCCACCACGCCAUGGAGGCCGCCACGGCCGAGAGGGAGCGAGACAUCGCUGCCCUGCAGAGGGACCUGGGAGGUGUCACGGCCGAGCUGGAGAAGUGGCGUCAGGCUACGUCGAAAUACGAACAGGAGAUCAACUCCCUGCAGGCCACCAUCCAACAGCAGAGCCUGCACCAGCAGAGAACUAACGAUCUACAAGGGGAGUUGGAGCGUCUUCAGAAGGACUGUCCCAGUCUGCAGCAGGAGUGUGAGUGUCUCCGUUCUGAGAAGACGACCCUGGUGAACAGACUACACGGACUGGAGACAGACCUGGACAGUUCCAGGAAGCAGACUGCCAGUCUGAGCAGCAAUCUGCAGAGUUUGGAGAAGUCCCAGGGAGAGAUGCAGAGUAGACUGGGCUCACUGCAGAACCAACAGCUCCAGGACGCUAACAAGCUGGAGUCACAGCUAACCCAGGCUGCUAGCAGGACACAGAGCCUGCAGAUAGAGUAUGAGGACACUCAGAACUUGCUGUGUGAUCUGAGGAAGUGUUGUGAGAGGACUGAGCAGGAGAAACGCUCCAUCAACGAGGAGCUGGAACAGUGUAAAGUUAACCUCAAACUGCUGGGCAAGAAUCCACCCAUAUUGCAGCCUGUCCAGGCCAUUUUCAUCGGCCUUAUCCCGGCCUUGCUGUAUUGGUGGUUCAGCCAGUUGUGGUAGAAAGGCCGGUUGGAGCCCCUGGAUGCCAGUUGUAGCAGUGAUGGUAGCAGUGAUUGCUGCGGUGCUUUAUCCCAACUUCUCCAAGAGCACCUCCACCUGAGACCUUACCUACUACAUGUCCUCUACCACGUCUUCUUCUGGCAUCUCUACCUCUGCCCACACCAAUCCCCUGCCCAUUUUUGAUUGAUUCAUUAAUCCAUUAAUUCAUCUAUUGAUUAAUUUAUUACCUCUGGUCGGUUCCCCUACAGAAAGUCCCUCUGCUUUAAACUGUACAAAGUUAAACUGUAUAUAUAUAGAGAGAGAGUGAUCAAGAGAUCAAGAGAAGUAGUAUUUCUACCGUAGAUAUAGGACUAUUUCUAACGUAGAUAUAGGACUAUUUCUGACUGUAAGUCGCUUUGGAUAAAAGCGUCUGCUAAAUGGCAUAUAUUACAAUAUUAGAUAUAGGACUAUUUCUACCGUAGAUAUAGGACUAUUUCUACCUGUAGAUAUAGGACUAUUUCUAACUGUAGAUAUAGGACUAUUUCUAACGUAGAUAUAGGACUAUUUCUACCGUAGAUAUAGGACUAUUUCUACCGUAGAUAUAGGACUAUUUCUACCGUAGAUAUAGGACUAUUUCUAACGUAGAUAUAGGACUAUUUCUAACGUAGAUAUAGGACUAUUUCUACUGUAAAUAUAGGACUAUUUCUAACGUAGAUAUAGGACUAUUUCUAACGUAGAUAUAGGACUAUUUCUAACGUAGAUAUAGGACUAUUUCUAACGUAGAUAUAGUAUUUAUCAGCUGUUCUUAAUCAGUUUGAUGAUGGGAAUAUUGGUAUUAUUGUUAAAGUGGCCUAAACUAGGCUUUGGUUUAGUUUUUCUGAUGGGUACCUAACCUUUUAUUUUUUUAUUAUGUCUCCAGGUUGUUUUAGCUGAGUUGACUUCCUGUGUUGUUGUUUUAGCUGAGUUGACUUCCUGUGUGGUUGUUUUAGCUGAGUUGACUUCCUGUGUGGUUGGUUUACCAGGUUGGGGUGUUAAUGUUCUAUUACAUAACAGGGUUUAUUAUUAAAGCCUAAUCAUCAAUCUGAUUAUUCUGAGGUCACGUCCCAAAUUACACCCAGUUUACUGUAUAGUGCCCUCGGCCCUGGUCAAAAGUAGUGCACUAUAUAGGGAAUAAGGUGCCAUUUGGCUGGUGUAAAGUAGUGCACUAUAUAGGGAAUAGGGUGCCAUUUGGCUGGUGUAAAGUAGUGCACUAUAUAGGGAAUA